CAGGUGCCCAUCCUGGGCCACGGGCCUCAGGAAGGAAGUGCCAGGACUGUCUGCCCAUCUCCUGGCUGUGGAAGACCAGGGUAGAUUCUAGGCCCUCUUCCUCGGCCCACCUGUGUCCCAGCCCACUCUGUCCCCGAGUGCCAGUGCCCCAGCCGCCUCCAUGGCCUCAGGAAGGAUUCCGGGGAGGGGCCCCACGCAGGGGGGCCACUCCGAGCACACAGCCGGGCCAGAAUGGAGCUGACUGAACUGCUCCUCCGGGCCAUGCUUCUCCUCACGGCGAGACUCACUCUGGGCCUGCCCGCCCCUCCUGCCUGCGACCCCCGGCUGCUCAACAAGCUGCUUCGCGACGCCCAGCUCCUUCACAGCAGACUGAGCCAGUGCCCGGAAGUUAACCCUUUGUCCUCACCUGUCCUGCUGCCCGCUGUGGACUUUAGCUUGGCAGAAUGGAAAACCCAGACGGAGCAGGCCCGAGCACAGGACGUGCUGGGAGCGGCGGCCUUGCUGCUGGAGGGAGCAGUGGCAGCGCGGGCGCAGCUGGGACCCACCUGCCUCUCGGCCCUGCUGGGACAGCUUGCGGGACAGGUCCGCCUCCUCCUCGGGGCCCUGCAGGGCCUGCUCGGAGCCCAGCCUCCCCCACAGGGCAGGACCACAGCCCAGCAGGACCCGGGGGCCAUCUUCCUGAGUUUCCAGCAGCUGCUCCGAGGGAAGGUGCGUUUCCUGCUGCUGGUCGUGGGACCUGCCCUCUGUGCCAGACGGGCCCUGCCCACCACCACCACCACCACCGCCCUCGAGCUGAGCCAGCUCCCGCGCCGGACUUCUGGGAUGCCGGAGACCAACGCCAGCGUCUCGGCCAGAACUGCGGGCUCUGGACUACUCGGGCCGAGUCUGCAGCUGCUCGUAGCCCCCGUGCCUGGGCUGCAGAACCAGACCUUCCAGGAUCAGGACCGAGGGUCUGGACAGCCCAACUGGACACAGGGACUUCUGAAUGGAACUCAUGGAUUCUUCCCUGGUCCCUCCCCCGGGGUCCUCAGCGCCCCGGGUACGCCUCCAGGGCUUUCGGACACUGGCCCCCUGCCACCCGGCCUGCAGCCUGGGUCCUCCCCAACCCAGGCCCCUCCCGGACCGGCCACACUCUCCUCUCCUUUGUCCCCCGUACCCUCCUCCGGGCCUCACCUCACGGCAGCCACCCCCCACUUCCAGAAUCUGUCUCAGGAAGAGGAAGGGCCAGGGCCGCCGGCCCCGUGCCCCCUGGCCUCGCCUCCUGUGUAAGUCCCUAGCCUGCCCGGGGGGUCCUGAGAAACAGGGAUGAUUCCAGACUCCCUGCUGCCUUCACCCGACCCCCACCCCCAGCCCUGGAAAAAGGGGGGGCCACAGGACAGGAAAAGGGGCUCGUGUUUUUUUUUUCACUCUACAUAAGAAAACUUCAGAAGCUAUUUUUUUAAGCUAUCAAUAAUAUUC